AUGUCUAAAGAAGCUAGCUCGAAGCUAAAAUACUUGGAUUACUGGAACCGUGAUCCCAACACAUGGGGAAGCGUAAACGAUUGGGAUUUUUACUGGAUCGAAAAACGACCUUCAAUGAUGUCAAUCACUAAACACGAUUCACAUACGGCCUUGGCUCAUGAGUUAAGGUGUUUGAAACAAGCAUAUGAAGAUACCCAUCCUGCCUACAAGAAAGCCUGUGUAUUGCAGGAUGAAUUACAGGGAAGUUAUCCAGUGAUGGUGGUGCCGGCGUACUCCAUAGCUAAUCCAGCAACUGUGGGUCGUGGCGUCUGGACAGGGAACUCUUCACUUGAGCUAAACUCGUGGGCCGUGGCGUCACCGGGGGAGGGCCGUGGCAGUAUUGCAAAAAACGAAUCAAACAAAUGUAUAUGGGAAACAAAGAAUCGAAUCGCAUCAACAAAAAUAGAAUCCGAACUGAUUGAACUGGAGUUAGAAAUUGAAAGGGCAACACGACGGGGAUGUCAAGCAUAUUCUGAUAUAGAAUUUGGUCCUGUGGAACGAGAGCAGAAGAGGAUUAGAGUGAAUGAAAAUGAGGCAGUUGAAGAUUCCUCUCCCAUUACCAUUCCUCCCUAUACCAGUGUUCAUAUUCCUCAAAGCUCAACAGUUUAUGUUGAAAGCAUAAAGAACAGAGAGAUGACAUCGAGUCCUAAAACCCCUUCUAAUGAUAGCACUGAAGUGCUUGAGGAUGACGAAGAAGUCAAAUUUGAUCUAGAAAAUAUUUCCAGUGAAUUGAAGCGCGAACCAACGGUUGAAUGGAAAGUCGGUUCUAUAAACAUAACCGCUAGAUUUCGGCAAUAUCAGGAAGAUGUUCUUCAGAAGGCGAAGAGAGAGGGUUUAAAAUAUGAUAAUAUUUAUGAACUUUUCUUUGUCGUCAUAGUUCUGUGUUGGCCAUGUCCGUACCCUAUGUUCACUAAUCAAGAAUGGAAAGAAAUAACCAAAACUAAUCCUUAUAUUAUAAACGAACCGCCACUUCCACCGGAGGUUUCAUCUUCUCUUCAUGAUACGAUUAGUAAACAUUUGAUUGGCGAAGAUGUCUUCAUGGAUUGUGGAAAAGCUCAGUUUAAUAGGAUGGUUGCACUCAUGUUUAACAACCUAUAUUGUGGUAUUCCAAAGGUUGCUCCAUCCAAGUUGUCCGAGGAAGAGCACUGUGAUAUGUUCAUUUAUCCAAUUAUUCGUUCGUUUCAUGGAUCUGAAAAAGAAUAUACACUUAGAUUAAAUCGUGCCAACGCAGGCUCAAAGACAAGACCGGACCUUUCUUGUACGGUGACUGACAUACCAAUCUUAAGUUCGGAGUUUAAGCCAUUGGGUUGCACACCAUUACAACAGAAGAAAGAUAAAUUGAAAGUUCAACUAAAAGGAUUAAUCAGCAAUUGGAAAUACGAUGGGUUGUACCGCUCCUGGCCAUUUCUCACAACCAAACUAGUGGUCGACAAGGCUACGAUCCCAUUAGUAGAGUUUGCGAUCAGUCAUUUUGUGGCUUUGGAGGAACGUGUUGGAAAUAUCGCGAAGAACUUCAAAUAUCGAAGCAGUCAAUUUACACCACCCGCACAGAUGUACUUUGUGCGCAAACUUCCAGAUUCUCCCCAAGUAAAGAUGCUACUUCAUUAG